AUGUUUGGACGCAAAGAUCUUGCCGUUGCCCUAGGCAGUAUUGGUUGGUCUUUUGGUGAUUUAAUUUUCACAAAAAUUAUCCCACUCUGGACUGGUACUCGUCGCUUGGAGUUUGACUGGGCUUACAUCAGCUUGAGUUUGGAUGCCAAUUUUGAGCUGAUUUUUAAUUUCGUCAUCUUUCUUGCUCCGUGGCUACUCAUGCGUAAAGUGAAGAAUGUUCCCGCCGCUUGUAUUGCUAUUCUCAUUUUCAUUAUUUCAUGCUUUCAUCUCUCAAUUUUUGGGCUAAUUGAGCACCAUACUCAUAAUAUCUUCUUCACUAUUAUCGCAAAGGCCAUUUUCGCCCUUGUAAUCGGCGCUCUAGGUAUCGUAUUGAAAGCGGUGUGGAUUGCUGAAGCUCCUUAUGAGUCGAAGAAGAAGAAGACGGAAGAGGGAUUCUCUUUCUUUGCACUAAUUGGCAAGUUUGGAAACUUCUGUUUGCAAAAUAUCCGCAGCGCGGUUACUAAUGCGCCAUCCACUGGUAACCAACGCUCAACUUCCGCACGAAGGAAUUAA